UAAUGGCGGUGUGUGUGCGAACGCAGCGAACCAACUGUUCAACCGAUCGUAAUAUUUCAGUUUAUUUACCGCAAUAAGGGUAUUGGUUUGGAUCUGAUGGAGGAUGAUGUAAACAAAAAUCUUUUCUCAGGUAUUUACAAUCUAUCACACAGAAGGAAUAGCACAAAAAACAUGCACUGUCUGCACGGAAAGUCGGUGAUAUCAUCCAUCUUUUUGCUUUGUGUGUGCAGUCUGGUUUCCGGACAGAUUCGAUACUCCAUUCCAGAAGAGCAAGAACUCGGUGCCUUUGUCGGAGAACUCGGAAAAGAUCUGGGUUUGAGUAUUAAAGACCUGCCGAGCCGUAAAUUUAGAAUUGUUUCCUCCGCUUCCAAACAAUAUUUGGAUGUAAAUAGCAUAAAUGGAAUCUUAUUUGUGAGUGCAAGAAUUGACAGAGAGCAGUUAUGUGGACAAAGUGAUAACUGUGCAUUGCUCAUGGAAGCCGUGAUUGAAAAUCCUGUGGAACAGUACCGAGUGGAGGUUGAAAUACUGGAUGUAAACGAUAAUUCCCCGAUUUUUCAGAAAAAUGAAAUACGUUUGAAAAUAUCAGAAUCUACGAUACCCGGAGCACGUUUUCUGUUGGAGGGCGCGAACGAUCCGGAUGGAAGAAAUAAUUCUAUUCGUACGUACCAGCUCACUAAAAAUGACCAUUUUACAUUAGAUGUACAAAGUCUUGGGAAGUGGAAGUUACCCGAAUUAGUGCUACAGGGCAACCUCGACCGGGAAAAACAAUCAGCUUACAAUUUGUUACUGACUGCUAUUGACGGCGGUGCACCAGAAAGGUCGGGUACUGCUCGUAUAACAAUUGAUAUCAUGGAUGUUAAUGAUAAUGUACCAGUUUUUGAAAAAUCGAUGUAUAGUGUUAAUCUAAUGGAGAAUGUGCUGCUAAAUUCUUUGGUGAUUAAGCUUAACGCGACUGAUUUAGACGAAGGUACAAAUGGCGAAGUCAUUUAUUCUUUCAGCAGUUACAAUGAGCCAAGAAUAACUGAAAUAUUUACGAUUGAACCCGAAACUGGGGAGAUCCGUACAAAAGAAAUGUUGGAUUUUGAAGAAACUGAUGUUUAUCAGAUUCAUGUAGAAGCUAGAGACAGGAGUAUGCAGUCAUUAUCUACACAUUGUAGUGUGCGGGUGGAGAUUACAGACGUCAAUGACAAUACUCCUGAGUUAACAAUUAAUUCUGGAGCUGAAACAAUCAGUGAGGAUGUUGCGAUGGGAACUUUAAUCGCUUUGAUUGGCGUAACUGACCGAGAUUCCAAUAAAAAUGGAUAUAUCGAUUGUUCUGUUUCACCCACCUUACCCUUUAACCUGGAAUCUUCCUUUAGUAAUUCUUACAGACUCGUCACAAAUGCAAAACUGGAUAGAGAAACCGCUCCUCAACAUAAAAUAACUGUAACUUGCAAAGACCGUGGGAUCCCGCCGUUAUCGACCAUCCAGACAAUUGUGGUAAAUAUCUCAGAUAUAAAUGAUAAUACACCACGCUUUACGCAGCCGUCCUACACGGCCUAUGUGGCGGAAAACAAUGAACCUGGCAGUUACAUCGGAUCAGUGACAGCUCUGGAUCUUGACACUGAUCGAAAUUCACAGCUGUUUUACACAAUUCUGGAAAGCCAGAUUGAAUCAGUCCCCAUAUCAUCCUAUCUCUACAUUAACUCAAACAAUGGAAGCAUCUAUUCAAUACGACCAUUUGAUUACGAGCAAUUUAGAAGUUUUCAGUUUCAUGUUCGAGCUCAGGAUUCCGGCUUACCAUCACUCUCAAGCGACGUUGCAGUGAACGUGAUAGUCUUGGAUCAAAAUGACAAUCCACCUGUCGUACUAUCAAGUCCAACCGAAGGCAACACCAGUUUGCGUGUCCCACGAUCUGCAGAUCCUGGAUAUUUGAUAACAAAGAUCAUUGCCUUUGAUGCAGACUCCGGUAAAAAUGGAAAACUUUCUUAUGAACUUCUACAGUCCAGCGAUCCGGGUCUCUUUGUAGUUUCAUAUAGUUCAGGGGAAAUAAGAAAUAUCCGGCAAUUUAAGGAUAGCGACGCAACUGCUCAGAGACUCGUUGUCCAGGUGAAAGAUAACGGUUAUCCCGCACUCUCUACCACGACCACUUUUACAUUGACAAUAGUUGAGGAACAGUCGGAGGGUCUGGUUGACGUCAAUGAAGCGAGUGACGAUUUGGAAGACACGCAGAGGUUGUCCUUUUAUAUAAUAAUUUCUUUGGGAGCAACAUCUUUUAUUCUUUUAAUUGUCAUAAUUUUCCUUGUUGUGGCUAUUUGCCCCACGGGCACCAAUCCUGCUUCCAGACGUGCCUGUGCUACUAAGUGUUGCAGCAGGAGAGAUUUGGAAUACAAGAAUUCGGCAGCUAACAUGCAUAUUGUGCCAGAUUCCCACUUCCUUCCCAGUAUCCUUGAGAUUCAGGGAAAUGGAUCUCUUUCAGGAACACACUCAUAUAAAAUUCGUUCCGCGAAGGAACCAGCGGAAAUAAUUUUCACACCAUUCGAUCCGCAACUGCAUGGAACUAUUGAAAUGCGCUCUAAAUAUGUGCCGGCAGAAAAUACAAAAACCAGGAACAGUCGGUCGGAUGGGAGUCUCAUCAUAACAGAAAUACUUCUCACCAUGCAACAUUCUGGAAAAUUGUUCCUGUUGAGAGAGAAAGCUGUACCGUCCAUCUUGCUGCUUUGUGCAUGGAAGCUAGUUUCUGGACAGAUUCGUUACUCCAUCCCAGAAGAAUUGAAACACGGCACAGUGGUGGGUGAAAUCGCAAAAGAUUUGGGAUUAUUUCUGGAGGAAUUAUCAACCCGUAAAUUCAGGAUCAUUUCACAGGUACCGUCACAAGUUUUGAAUAUAAACCCCCAGAAUGGAGUUUUGUUUGUGAAUAAAAGGAUAGAUAGGGAGCUGAUCUGCGGUAAGAGUCUUAACUGUAUAUUGCCUUUGGAACUGGAAACUGAAAAUCCGGUGGUACGCUAUCGGGCAGAGGUCGAAAUUCUGGAUGUAAAUGAUAAUGAUCCCAAGUUCAGUGACGCAGAGGUCCGUUUGGAAAUUUCAGAGCUGAUAAUGCCUGGGACACGUUUCAUUUUAAAGGCCGCACAAGACCCUGACAUUGGAACUAAUUCGGUUCAGACGUACCAAAUCACACCAAAUGAGCAUUUUGUUUUAGAUGUGCAGACUCUUGGAAAGUGGAAAAUACCUGAAUUGGUGGUGAAGCAGUCACUCGACCGUGAAAAGCAGUCUAUGCACCGUUUAAUCCUCACCGCCAUUGACGGUGCGAUACCUGGGAGGUCGGGCACUUGUCAAAUAAUUAUCACUGUUUCUGACACAAAUGAUAAUGCGCCUACUUUUCAAAAGCAUUUGGACUCUGUUAAUUUAAUGGAAGAUGUUCCUUUGGGUACUUUAGUGAUUAAAGUCAAUGCAACGGAUUUGGACGAAGGAUCGAAUAGUGACAUUGUUUAUUCUCUGGGCAGCUACAAUGAAGAAAGAAUACUUGAAAUGUUUAGUAUUAACCCAAAAUCUGGAGAGAUCAGAUUAAAGGGAAAAUUGGAUUUUGAAGAAACGAAUAUGCAUGAAAUUCACGUAGAAGCUAAGGACAUGGGGGCACAGUCAUUAUCUGCGUACUGUAUUGUUCGGGUGCAUGUCGAGGAUGUUAAUGAUAAUGCACCGGAAGUGAUUCUAAAAUUAACUUCAAGUACAGUCAGUGAGGGCACGCCUGUUGGAACACAAAUUGCAUUGGUUACUGUUACAGAUCGAGAUUCCAAAAGAAAUGGGUUUACUGAUUGUCAGGUCUCACGAGCUGCCCCUUUCGAUUUGAAGCGUUCUCUUGCAAAUUCAUAUGAGCUCGUUGUAAGUGAUAAGCUUGACCGUGAAAAGGCUCCCGAAUACGCAUUGGUUGUGGCCUGUAAAGAUGACGGAACACCUCCACUAUCUACAAAUAGAACAGUGAUUGUUUAUAUUUCGGAUAUAAAUGAUAAUGCUCCCAAAUUCUUGCAGCCUUCUCACGCCAUCUACGUGAGUGAGAAUAAUUCACCUGGUAACUCUAUUGGUUCAGUAACAGCGUUCGAUCCAGAUGCGGAACAAAAUUCUAAGAUUUCUUACAGAAUUCUGGAGGGCAGCGUGCAGGGAGAGCCGAUGUCUUCCUACGUUUCUAUCAGCUCCGACAAUGGCAUCAUAUAUUCGCAGAGGUCAUUUGACUACGAGCAGCUGAAGAGUUUUAAAAUCCCAGUGCAAGCUCGGGAUGCAGGAUCUCCCUCGCUUUACGGUAAUGUUACUGUAAAUGUGAUUAUUCUUGAUCAGAAUGACAACCCUCCUGUGAUAUCACCAAGCUUCACCAAUCACAGCAAGACAACUAUGCCUCGAUCCGCUCAACCAGGAUUUCUAGUAACCCGAGUGGUCGCUUCAGAUGCUGAUUCUGGGCAAAAUGCACGGAUUUCUUAUGAACUGUUGCACGCUACUGACCCAAGUCUUUUUAAAAUAUCACAUAGUUCAGGAGAAAUAAGAACCAUUCGCCGAUUUAAAGACGGAGACGCCACCACACAGAAGUUGAUCAUCUUGGUAAAGGACAAUGGGCAUCCAGCUCUCUCGGCCACCAGCACGAUUAAUAUCUCCAUAACUGAACAAACCGAGCAACUUAAGUCAGAGUCCGGUGACACUACUGGCGAUUUACAAGAUAGUUCUGACUUGGCAUUUUACAUAAUAAUUUCUCUGGGAGCGGUAACAUUUUUACUUCUUGUUAUUAUCAUAGCCUUAAUUAUUGCUAUUUGCCCAGUCGACAAACACCCACCUCACACUUCAAGUUGUUAUACUGCAAAUUGUUGUUGUACAAAUGAACUGGAUUCCAAAGUCGGUGCGCACAAAUCGCACGUCAAUUUGCAGUUUUUGCCAGACACCAAAUUAAUAGCCAACGUUGAAAUUCGGGGAAAUGGAUCUCUUUCAGAUACGUAUCGUCACCAAGUUCGAUCGGCACCAGAGGCAGGAAAAAUGGAAGUGAUAUAUUUUUCUCCAGCUAGUCCAACAACUCGUAGAUCUCUAGGUAGAAAUGUUGGACCCUAUGCGUCAAAGGCAAACACAGGCCUGCAGAACAACUGGACAUGCACAGGUGAAGUGGGGCAACUGAAUACAGACUGGCAUUCCUCAGAGCCUCAUAUAGUCGGAAAGAUCAGUUCCCAGUGCUUGGAAGAAAAUCUAACCCAUGAUGAAAUUAAACGAGAAUUCAACAGACGGCACACAGCAAUCACAUCAGGAGCAGAUAUGGAUUACAUUAAAACAUCUCCAGAUCUUGAAGACGGUAUACCAAGUUGGGCUCCCAGGUAUGCAUCACAGAAUGUUGAAACCAUGGAACCUGAUGAGUAUCAGUCUAACAUCUACAUGGGCGGUAGCCCGGUCAUGCUCUCCAGAAUGCAGGACAAAGAUGUCAAGCAGGACCGGCAACAUUCCGCCUCUUCAACAAAAAAGAAGAAGAAGCGCACUAAACGCUCAGAAAAACGGGAAAGUAAAAGUACCACCGAGGAGCCUCAAAACGAGUAAUGCCUCUUGUUACAUUAAUCUGAGUACUCUCAGUAUCCAAGUCAGAUCAGCAGAGUAGACACAAGCAUUCUGUAAAUUAAAUCUAAAGUCACAUUUGGAAGAGAUAUUGUUGUGUGUACUCAAAUGCUAACUUGUUGUCUUGGAUGUUUUAUAAUAAUUUUAGUUCAAUGCUUUUAUUUAGCUUGGCUUUAUUUCUUCUGUCAGGCAACAUUCACUUGUAUGUUCAACUGUAAAUGCACGGAAAGUCGAUCGCAAAAACAAGUUACAAAUGAUCUAUAAAAAGUAGCAUUUUGCUAAUAUGUGAAACUAAGACAAUGCCCAUAAUGAAAAUGUAUUUUCAGUUUACAUGCCCUUCGUGUCAUAACUUAGGGUCUGACUACAGAACAGAUUAACCAUAUUAAGAUGAUAAAUUAUACACAUCAUUAAUGGAUAUUGAUCAUUGAUCACCUGGAGAUGCAAUCUAGAUUGACUAGAACUGGGUGAAAACAAAUGUGCACAAAAACUGUAAUCUGUAUUAAGCAGUGAUUACUUCCAGUGCCAACAGAAGCAGUUUUAUUCCACGGGAAUUUGAAUGUAGCAAUUCUUGAAUUAAUGCAUGUCAUGCCAAACUAACAGUUGCAGUUUCUUCAUGUCCCAACAAAUUGGGAAUUAAUAUUGAAGAACAGCAUGUACACACCAUUAUUUUUAUGGUAUAUAAACAGCUGACAAUGGGGUAUAUUUUUCUCUCUGUUCAAAAUUGAAGAAAAUAAUGUAACUAAACAGAUUUUACAUCAUGUGGAAAGAUUAGUGAAAUAAUUUUCUUUAAAUUUGUAAGCAGAGCAAAGUACAUCACUGUGCAUCUAACAAAAUGUGGAUGAAACAAUAAACCGGCUUCAGCUGCUCAUCUGGACUAAGUCAGAUUGUUACUGCUUAAUAUUUGUCUGAAUCAUGUUGUGCAUUUGUGAGAUCAGUAAUAACAGAGAUACGUAAUUUUCUCCAAUCACCUGCGGCAACUAUGCAUUUUUGUUAAAUUUGUACCAAAGGUGGCUUUCCUUCUCAAUGACAUCUAAUGUAAUCUUUUAUGCUUAGUCUAUUUUCAGAUGUAUUCUGUUUUUUGCAUGUUUAAGUAAACGUGACCAGGACAAUCUUUA